AUGUCUCACCACAGUUAGAUAGAUACACCAAAUGAUGACAACCAGAGAAGCUACGGUUUCAUUAGUCCUUCAAGACACGAGCCCCCCGGUGGUAGAACCUCAUUCUAUCAGCAGCAAAGCAACAACUAUCAAGCCCAGGGAUAUCUCUACGGAUCAAGCUUCAAUCCAAGAGAUACUCUCUCAUCACAAAAUUCCCAACCAUUGAGAUUUUCAGGCUCCCAAAGUCAUUUGCUUAGUGGUAAUAAGGGUGUUUAAAGCAACGGUUUCUAGCAGACCCAAUUAUAGCAGAGGGAGAUCCCAAGAGUGGGUGCUGCCCAAUAAUUGAAUGCCAGCACUGUUCAUCAUCAAUCGUCUUCUCAUAUUGCAAUAACAUAACCGAAUGUUCAAGCCAAUUAGUCAGUUAUAUUGGUUAAAUCAGAAGAAACCAGAGACAAAAUCAUAAGCUCUUAUAGAGAGGAGAUCAAGGUUCAACCUCAGAGAGAUAGAGAUUACCGCCAUUUGAGUGAUUUAAUUGCAGACUUACAAAGGAGAAUCAGAUCACUCGAGGGAAACUUGUCUGAUUCCCAAAGAGAACAUGAGGAGUCACUAAGCUCUCAGUAAAAGAUCAUCCACCAUCAUUAAGGAGAGAUUGAGUCAUUGAAGAAGACCAUUGUUGACAGAGAGCAAGAGGGUAUUAAAGUGUAUGAUGAAAUCGCAGCAACCAAGAGAGAAAUUGAGGAUAGAGAUUCAGAGAUAUACACAACUAGCAGAGACAUUGAUACUGUUAGAAAAACUAAUGAACAAUUGAGAAGAGAAAUUGAGUUCCUUCAAUAAGAUAUCAAUUAAGCUCAAGAUGUGAAGAAGAGACAACAGUAGGGCAUAUAUCAAUUGAAGAAUGAUCUUAGAUUCCAAGAUAAGGAAGUUGAUGAACAACAGUCUAGAGUUGUUGUUCUAGAUAAAGAAGCUAAGAAUUUGAAUGAGAGAGCAAAGCAUCUUACUGAGACCCUUGAUUAAAAAUCUAUCAUUGUCGAGAGAACACUAGUCAAGCAAGAUGGACUCGACAGAGACAUCAACAUUCUGAAGCAAAACAUCAUCUCUAUCGAUGUUGAUAUUAAUGAUGUUGAGAGAUCAAACGAUAGAUAAAUUGAACUCCAAAAGCAAUUACUCAGACAAAAAGAUCAAGAAAUUGUGAGAUCGUAAGAUUAAACUUAUCACUUGAGAGAACUUGAGGCUAGAAAUAAGGAGGCCGAGAUCCAAGUUGAACAUCUCAGAAAAGACUUAGAUGGAGUUAGAUACUCCAACGAUGCUCUCUUGGAUCGCAACCACGAUCUCAAGCUUGAACUUGAGUCUCUAAACGGCCACUCAGAGCUCUUGACAUCGUAGAACAGAGAACUUCAAAGAGAACUCGAUUCUUUCGUAGAGACCGAUGAUGUUGUCAGAAGAAACCUCGACAGAAAGGAAAAGGUCAUUCAAAUCAGACAGCAAGUUGAUGAGGUCAUCCAAAAAUCAAUUGUAGACUUGGUCGCAAGAUCUCCCAGAAGAGCUAGAUCCCCAGUCAAGUUUGAGGGAUACUAAUCAGCCAACGCUGAGACCUCAUACUACCAACAACAAUAAUUCGGUGGUAGCCACGGUGUUCAUCAACAAUAGCAGCUCCACAACACUUCCCACUUCUACAGAAGCCAAAGAGAGGAGCAAGCCCCAGUUCAACAACUCGACUAAUCAUAAUUGAGAAAGAGUCAAUUCGCUGAGAGUGUAAACUUCAGAGGAUCCCCACUCAGAAGAGGCCAACUCGAACACCAAUACUGA